AUGGAGAUCCCAGAGAAGGUGCUCAAGUUCAGAUACCAUUUUCUUGGGGCACUUCUCUUCUGUCUCACCCUCUUCUCUCUCACACUCAUGGCUCCAAGAUUCAUUACUCUCUUGGCCUAUUUCUGGCCACUCUUCCUCUCCACAGCCCUAUUCCUUGCCCUUGUCUCCUUCUUCGCUAAGACUUCCCCUUUACCCUCCUCCGACGCCACUUCCUUCCACAGCGCCGGCCAAGGCCUCCUCGAUUACGUUUCCGGCCACCAUGACCCGCCGCUCGACACUCUUCACAAGGCCGACUAA